AUGAUCGGGCAGUUCUGGGCUUCUUAUCUUUUCCCGCUGUUCCUGGUCGGCUUGGCGCAGCCGAACCCCAAACAGCAAAUGAUGAAGACAGAUUGCUACAAAGGGGUGACCGGCACCAUCUAUGAGUAUGGAGCCCUCACCCUCAAUGGUGAGGAAUACAUCCAGUUCAAGCAGUAUGCAGGCAAGCAUGUCCUUUUUGUCAAUGUGGCCACCUAUUGAGGCUUGACAGCUCAGUAUCCUGAGCUGAAUGCACUACAAGAGGAGCUGAAGCCUUUUGGUGUGGUUGUGUUGGGCUUUCCUUGUAACCAGUUUGGAAAACAAGAACCAGGAAAGAACUCAGAGAUCCUUCCUGGGCUCAAGUAUGUUCGUCCGGGUGGUGGCUUUGUCCCCAAUUUCCAGCUCUUUGAGAAAGGGGAUGUGAAUGGAGAAAAAGAACAAAAGGUCUUUACUUUCCUGAAGAACUCCUGCCCUCCUCCCUCUGAGCUAUUGGGCUCAUCCAGUCAACUCUUCUGGGAGCCCAUGAAAGUCCAUGACAUCCGUUGGAAUUUUGAGAAGUUCCUGGUGGGACCUGAUGGAGUUCCCGUCAUGCGAUGGUACCACCGGGCUCCAGUCAGCACAGUGAAAUCAGAUGUGCUGGAUUACCUGAAACAGUCCAAAACCAAGUAG